AUGGUGCCAGACAGAUCUGAUCUGACGGAUCGCAUCCGCGACACAGGCCGAUUUUGCCGCAGUGAUCGAGCCAUCGCGUCACCGACUUCCAUCGUCCCAGAUCUUCUGUUCACGGUCCAUUUUUACGGGACAACCACGUCCAACAGUGUGUCGCCAACGUUUGUACGCGGUCACAGAGACGACCUGGUACCCAUUCAAAUAACCAACGAGUACCGUGCAACGAUGGCGAAACUGCGUGUAUCCGUUUUUUUAAUAACACUCGGGAUUGUAAAUGUGAAUUUGGUGGAACCAAUGGUUCAACAGAGUCUAUCAAAGUUUCUAGAAUCUCUAGCAGGCGUUAAACACGUGAAGAUUCCUGAAUUGUUGAAUCAACUGUGCAACGAAUCACAAGGCUCUAACAUCGUUCUUCGAGACGCGUGCUACGGAUGCUUCUUCAGGGCUACAAGUCUACCCCUUGGAUAUCCCUUAUUGAUGGCUAUGUCCAAUUGUGCCGAUUUGUAUCUCAAUGGUACCGAUUACGGUCACUGUCAGCAAUAUUUAGCUAACGCAACUAGUACCGCAAAUUCUCGUGUCAAUCCAUCGAUGAUAUACUGCACGUUCCUCGAAUGUGUCCGCCAGGUGAACAAAGAUACUUUGCUCAGAGAAUGCGUUGGCGAGGCCAUAAGAAUGUUCCCGAAAUUCAACACAACGGACGUUCAACUAGCCCAAUUAUACGUGAAUACCACAGCGUGCGUACUGGCGAAGACACGUUGCUCUUACAUGAACCCAAUAACUGGGGAAUUUCAAGAAGACGACCUCGCUAAUAAGCUACACAUACCAACGAUCAAUGCAAUGCUGGUCAACACGGAUUACGACAUCAACAUCGUCCAACUACCGUUUCACUACAGUUCCAUCGACGUUUGCGCGAAACAGAGAAACUACGAGCAAGCCAGCUGGCCAGGCGUCAUGUGCUGA